AUGACAACCCAGGGCGCACCACGAACCACGGACUCAUAAUAAACAAUAACCAUGGGCUUUAGAAACACCAAAUCCACCUGUAUUUUUACUGUAAUGCGUUAACACUUAAAUUUAAGAUUGGCAGCAUCGAUAUCUGCGUUCAUCUAUGCGUAAAUGGAUUCCGACGCACUGGAAUGACAAGCGCUUUGGACUGGAGAAGCGAGAAAUAGCUGGAAUCCAUGCAAGUUUUCAGAUUUUAUCCAGCAAGACUAGCAUUACAACGAGUAUGUUGGAUGCGCUGAUGGAACUGUAAAUUUGGCACAGAAGAAGGGAAGUUAACGCGGCGGUAGUGGUGGUAGUGUGGGAUUUUGGUUCCGCUAUUUGCGCCUUUUUAUCCGUGUUGAUUUUUCUUUAAUGUCACGGUGAAGGGACAGACUGAUCGACCCGAUGAAAUGUGAAAAUGUGCGAGGCGGUUGUGUGAGGAUCAUGUCGAGUAAGAGUGCGGAGUGGCUACAGGAGGAGUUGGAGAAUGGAGCCACAUCGCUGCUCCUUUUGGACUGCAGAGCGCACGAGCUUUACGAGUCCUCCCACAUUGAAUCAGCGAUAAACCUGGCGAUCCCGGGCCUCAUGCUUCGCCGGCUGAAGAAAGGCAACCUACCCAUCCGAUCCAUUAUCCCCAAUAAUGAGGAUAAGGAGAAAUUUGUCAAGCGCUGCAAGACAGACGUGGUGGUGCUGUACGACGAGGCGGCGUCUGAGAGACAGGAGUCCGGGUUGGGGAGCUCCGUUCUGGGGCUGCUCCUGCACAAACUGCGGGAUGAUGGAUGUAAAGCUUUUUACCUGGAGGGUGGCUUCAACAAGUUCCAGUCGGAAUACCCAGAGCACUGCGAGACCAACCUAGACUGCUCGUGUCCCAGCAGUUCUCCUCCAGCCUCGGUCCUGGGUCUGGGAGGUCUCCGGAUCAGCUCGGACUGUUCGGACGGAGAAUCGGAUCGAGAACCAGGAAGCGCCACUGAAUCGGAAGGCAGCCCAUUACCAAGCAACCAACCAGCAUUCCCGGUCCAAAUCCUGCCCUAUCUGUACCUGGGUUGUGCCAAAGACUCCACCAACCUGGAUGUGCUCAGUAAAUAUAACAUCAAGUACAUCUUGAACGUCACGCCGAAUCUGCCCAACAUGUUUGAACACGAGGGGGACUUUAAGUACAAACAGAUCCCAAUCUCAGAUCACUGGAGUCAGAACCUAUCCCAAUUUUUUCCAGAGGCCAUUUCAUUCAUUGACGAGGCUCGCUCCAAAAAGUGUGGUAUUCUGGUCCACUGCUUGGCCGGUAUCAGCCGCUCCGUCACCGUCACCGUGGCCUACUUGAUGCAAAAGCUCAACCUCUCGCUCAACGACGCCUACGAUUUCGUCAAACGCAAAAAGUCCAACAUCUCCCCCAAUUUCAACUUCAUGGGCCAACUUUUGGAUUUUGAGCGAACUCUUGGCUUAAACAGUCCUUGUGACAACCACACGUCAACUCCUCCCCACGACCAGCUGUUUUUCACCACACCGACCAAUCACAACGUAUUUCAACUGGAUACGCUGGAGUCCACAUGAAAACCAAUUGAAUCUCGCCUUCUGGAAAGAGGGUACGGCUUUACACAGAAUGGCUGCCUAUUAUAAAGGUAACAAGGCAGUUUUGGUGAAUGUUUUGGCUUCUUGUAGCUUAUAUGCUAAGAGGCUAGCAUCUGAAAGCGCCAUUGACGGGAGAAGAUGCUCUCAAAUGCCAAGUUAAGAAGAAGAUUUUUAACCGAGAGAGAUGCUAAAAGGUUAUGGCCAUAUUUUCGGCCUAAGUUGACUACAAUAACUCACAAUAGACCAGUGGCUAUUGAAGACUUUGCAAAGCUUUAUAUACAGUAACAUGGGAUCAGCACUGCACAGAUUUUAAUGGACGUAAUGUUGUGUUUCUUGUAUAAAUUUGACUGGUGCCAAGUGGAGAAUCCAGGAUUUACUCUAAAUGGAAAUGUCACUCUACGGAAAAAGUAGAGUUUUUAAAAACCAAGGAAUUAACUCUCAUUAACGAUGUAUGUAUGUGUGUACUGUAUGUACUAAUGGUGCAUACUGUAGCAGUCCUUAACCAGUAUGUCGUUAUGCAUUUUUGUAACUUUUGCGUAUUUACACACAAAUCUUAUAUAUAACUACUCUAUAUAGUAUACUACAUAGAAGCUUAUCUUUGUCCAAAAGCGUUAAUCAAAUAAUGGCUUUUGAUUGUAUGACUAAAGGACUGUGGCAAGUCCAAAAUCCCUAUAGUGAUUAAAGCGCAUAUGACAGGCUUUCAUGUUUUGGUUUGAUGGGAUUGUAUCUGCAACUUUACUGUUUUUCAUAGUUUUACAUCAGUCAAGUGGUAGUGAGUGGAAAAAAUGUGAAAGAAUAUAUAUAUAAUACAAAAAUACAGGAAGUGGAGGUGAGUUCUAAAACCAAACACCUCUAUCAACGUCAUCAACAUGGAAAAUUUCAUUCAAAAUGCAUUGACAUUUGCCGUCAUUUAUUUUUAUUAGUGUAAUUAUAACUAUUGUGGUGGUAAAAUGAUAAACCACCAAAAUCAUAAAACCUAGAAAUAUGUUUGUAAUAUCUAAACUAUAAUUUCGUUAACUGUUUUUUAGUGAAAUGAACCUGUCAUAUGCACUUUAAACUAGAAUUUUUCAUCCAUUUUAGCUUAGUACCAAGACCUAAUGCGGUUUGCACAGUGCCAUUGACUUGUUGGCACUUGACGCGCAGAUAAAGAGGCGUUUGAGAGGAGUGGAGGAGUGGAGGAGUGGAGGAGAGGCCAGUCCCAGGCCGUGACGUGCCCAGACAGCUGCACUCGGAGGUGGGGAGGGAGCAGGAACAAGCCCUGAGCAUGACCAGCCACCAGCCACUGAGGAGAUGUGCCCAUAGGGUUAGUCACUACAACUGACGAUUCAAGUGGAGAUGCCAAAUUUACAUGAUCGGGAGCACUUAAGCAUUACUAAACACUGCCAAGUAAGGAUGAAGGUGAGCCUUCAUGUGAUUCACAAGGGGGAAAUUUUUGUGUUGCAAUGCAAAGUACAGAAACAGCUGGGUGGUAAAAAUAUGCUGUCAAAAUCAAGUUAAUAAUUUCAGAAAUACACCUUGAAUCUAACAUAAUUUUAUCAGCAUAUUUUUUAUCAUCUAUCGAGUGAACUAAACGCAACUAGAGGCACUUCUAUGUACAGUAACGUCCAGGCAAAUGCUUAUAUGAUUUAUUAUUUUAGUGCAUAGGUGGAUAAGAUUAGCCAUCCAACAUAUGCCUUACCCAAUACGUGGCAGUGUGUAGUAAUGUCAAAGUGUUGCCAUAACGACUCACCCAGUUCCUACUUCCUCCUUCCUGUCAUGUGACUGUUGCCCAACUUCGGACUGUUCCUUAUCACCAGCUCUUUCUUCUAAACAUAUGGGUUUUACUCAGUUAUCUUCCUCAUAGUUUAAACUCACUACUUUUGCCAAAAUUACUCAACGGUAGUAAACUAGUUUCACUUUCCCCCAGUUAGAUUGGCCAUAUUUAAACUGAUCUUAAAAACAAUUGGCCAUUAAGCUACAGUAAUUUAUAUUUUUAUUAUGUAUUUUUCUCUUUUUCUCAUAGUUCAAACUGGGACUGGUCUCACUUACUAUAGCUGCACUUAAAUUCAUUAUUUCUUCACUGCUUCAGCCAAAAAUCUUAAUAUAAUUCUUUUCUUUCUAAUUAAAUUAAACCCCAAAUUUUAUCCAAGAAAAUUGAGUUGAUCACCCUUACGCCUUGGGUAUUAUUAAACAUAGAUAUAUAUUGAAAAUGAAAUAUUUAUAUACUAUAUUCUAGAGCUAAUAGUAAAGAGAUCUAUCAUAUUUUGUAUACCUGAGCAUGCCAAGGUCCUGUGUGCUUUUUGGUACAUUUGAAUGGGAUGGCCAACAGCUAAAUCAAGUGAAAAAGACAGAUAAGAAUAGCUUUUUUUAGCAUUGCGAGUUUCUUAGACCCUAUUCUAGCACUUUGAGAUUAAUCAGUAUUUUAGAUAAGAAAAUGUUUGAUUAGUUUCUCAUUUGAAUUAGACAGCAUUAUCGAAUUACAAUCAAAUUUGCAGCACUUAAUUUGAUAGCACUCAGCAAGUCAAAGUAUAAUAGCCCUAGUUUUUCAGUAGUUAAGCUAUUGAACUGAACCAGUAAACUUCUGGUUGUGAGAUAAAUGCUUUAUAAAUUAAGCCACAAUGCCCUUAUACCUUAAAAUAGUGAAGACUUUAAGUAACUUUUCUCAUAUACUAACACUUAAUGCCCUGUCUCGCUACGGUAAAGCGAUCAUUCUAAAUGAUCAGCAACAUAGCUAGUAUAUCACACUAAAACUAAUGCCCAUUAUGGUUUAUUUUAGUAUCUAUGGCCCUUACAAUGAUAAAUAUAUAGUUCAAAGAAUCAGGUUCUAAUCAGUCAUUCCUCUACUGACCCCUUGUUUCUGUGGUUAGUAAUGUUGACCCUAUCUUGCAAUUUCGCACAGUGCUUUUAAAGGAAUUCUGAAUUUGGAGUAUGAUUCUCCCAGUGUAAAGCAUUUUUUUUUAAGAGGCAUUGUGUCAUUUUUCUGGUGUCAGGUCCCAGCUCCUUGUCUCCAUAGAGAUGUUAUAGCUUUACCUGAGAUAUUCCACAGUAUGGCAUUAAACAUAUAUCUUUAUUCAACCGCAAAUGCUGAUGAAAAUAUGGCUCGAAAAAUACGCAUUCUUACUGUGAGCGGGGUCGCCACUCCACAGAUCUGACCUGUCUCUAUGGAAACAGAUACAUUUAAUGCCAUACUGUGUAACAAAUAGCAAAGUAAUAACAUCUUCAUAGAGUCAAGAAAGUGGCAAACCCUCCACUAGAAACUUUACACCGUACAUCUUUAAGUUGUUAUAGCAACCAACCAAACUAUUCACACAAAACGAUUAAAAAGUAACGUUGUAAUUUCAGUGGAGUCAAAAAGAAACAGUGAAGUGAUAUUUUUAAGGGAACAAACUGGAGUAAUGUUUGGUCAUAGCUGGCCUUAUAACUGUUCUUAUAACUGUUGACUGUUCUCACUAUAAACGUGUAAAAUGUAAAAUGUUCGUUGAAUCAGAUCACGGGUCACACGAGGUCAGCUUUGUUACUCUGCAAUAUAUCCAAACUUUUACGCAGAAUUUUGUAGAUUUUUUUUUCGUUUGUUUUUGUACAAAUUUUCUGGAAAAGUAUAAAAGCUCUUACAGUUUGUGGACUAAUUUUUUGUGUCCAAAGAGCUAAGUCAAAGCAUGCCAUUGAUUCACAGAGAAGUACAAGGUGUGUCCAGGAAGUUCAGACAUGUAUUAUUUUGAUAUCUAUUUUAAUAUAUAAAUGAUGUGUAUUUUUAUUUGCUGAAAGUUGGAUGCUUAAGGUUAGUAAUCUGAAAAAUCUAUUCUAAAACUAGUAUCAAAACUAUGUAUUCAUUUGAACAAGUAUCAACAAGAUCACAUUAAUAGGACACAAUUGGACAGUUAAAGGUCUACUAUGUCCCUUUUCUGCUUCCAUUUACUUGUCUCCACAGAGAUGUUAUUUCUUUGCAAUGUUCCACAGUAUGACAAUAAACUAAUCUAUCUUGCAUUUAUUAAAUUACAGGUAUUUUUAUUGCUAAAAAUACCUCGAAAACAUUGAGUCUUACUGUGAGCUGGGUCAACCUGAUCUGUAACUUGACCAGGUGGCACCAUUUCCUUUUCUCCAUGGAGAUAGGUUUAAUGUCAUACUGUGAAACAUUCUAAUCUAGAUAGAGCAAUAACACCUCCCUAGAAAUAAGCAAGUAACGGAUGCUUCACGCUACACAGUGCACCUUUAUUCAACUGACAGAAAGUAUUAAGGUGGUAUACAAAGUCAUAUUUUUUACCCAUGUCAACAUCAAAUUUUACGUUAUUGAGAAAAAAAAUAAUUUCUCAUCUGUACUAUUGUUACUUUGUGGACACACCUACUCUACCACAGAGGAAUCCAGAUGUUUUUGUCUUGUUUGGAUAUAAUGUGCUCUAUGCUAUUCCUGUGGCCUUUGGAAUAUAUAUCUAUUAUACAUGUUAUGACUUUAUAUGCAAAAGUUCCUCUCCUUUUAUAGCACCUGGGAUGGAGAAUAAUAAUAAUAUCACACAUAGCUUGAAUGGACUAAACCGUCAGAAUCAUAUCACCAUCUUACACACUGGGGUCUCGAUCACUCACAACUUUGGAUCGAGAUUUCACAUUUUUGUACUGACGAAGUGGCCCAUCUCCAGUUGUUUUCUGGUGUUUUGUGUCUUUGUAAUAAUGAAAGAGAAACUCUGUCUUUCUCUGUUUUGUAAAUUUGGUCGAUCAUGGGAACGGAGAGUUUCUGUGUCCUUAAACUUGUAGCUACACUUUGGUAAGAAUGUUUCACAGGGAGGGGCUAUGUGGGUGUCAGGGCUUGGUGGUAACUAACUGGCUGCACACUGGACAAUUACACUUGAGUUUCAAAAUAUAAUGCAUUUUAUAUCCCCCAUUUUUGUUCACUUGAACGUAGAGACAGCGUAAUUCAGAAAGCUUCAUCUUAAAUUUGUGUUCUGGUGCCUUACAGUAAAAGCAAAAUCGAUCAGAAUUAAUAUCAUGACUCAAAUGAUUUAAUCCUUUAAAGGUGGAUUAUGUAACUUUUUUAGUCUGCCCUGAUUGCCUCCGUGCAGUUGUUAUUGUUUGUCUGGAAUGUUCAAUAGAGUUGCGCUAAACAUGGUAAACAGGUGUUAUUGUUAAAAAUAUAUUGAAUGACAAUGUAAAAUGCCAUAGUGUGGAACAUUCUAGGCAGAAAAUGAACAUCUCAAUGGAGAAAAGCAUUUGCCUUCAACAGCCUUGGCUUUUUGGUUACUACGAUACUCCAAAUUUGCAAAUUGCUCCAAAUUUGCCCUUUGUAACUGCAAGCCUUCAUGAGCUUCAUUUGUCUGGAGCCAAACACCAUGGGCAAUGUCACACUCACUUAGUCUACUUCUUUCUCCAGUUGAUAGUUAGACUGAAUGUGCGCCAAACAGUAAAUGUAAUCCUCAGACUGGUGUCCGUGUGAGCCCAGUUACAGUCCAGCCCUGCAGACUUGUAUAAGGGACGGUGCAGAGAAGGAGCGUGGAGUGAAUGAUUAAAACGUUACCUCAGUGAGGAAAUUUUCAGGGAUUUUUUUGACAAUGCAUCUUUCUUGCAUUAUGUUACAGCUUCAUACUCUGGUUGAAUCGCUGUUUUGUAUUGUGCUGUAAACAGUUUUUAAAGAUGCAAUCUGUCUGUGUAAAAUAUGAGGCAUGAUAAACCAGGGCAGUUCUGUGACUGAACCAAUACGAUUGUCCCCAUGUAUUGUACAGUAUAUGAAUACACAUGUUUAUACUGCAAAUAAAUAUUGAUAUUUUUUUCUUUAA